GUCAAGCCUCAAUUGUCACCCACAAAGCAGAAAGCCAAGUUAGAAGACCAGGACAAUUUCUCCCAACUAGUGGAUUAUCUCGUUGUGCGCUUCUUCAUAGAGUUUAGGCCUGCACUGAGGACGGGGCCAGAAUCUGAACGGGUGGAAGCUGCCGGCCAUACCCCUUUCGGGAAAAAAAAACCUCUUAGUCACCAUCGAAGUCGGGCAGGCCGGAGUCCCGGUGAAUACACCGCAGGUAAUUGCAACGAACGUGGUAUUCGGCAGCAAAAAUGGAGGCGGAGCCAGUGCAAUUGUGGGUUCUGGUGGUAAGUUCGCAGGAUCCAUGUCAUCUGCAUCCCUGCGCCCCCUGGGAUUCCAUCUCUUCGGGUAUUCAUUACAUGUCUGACCUUGGAAGAGUUUGGAGCCACGACGUUGACUGCGAUGCGGGACUUGUUCCUUUCAGAAAAAUAUCAUGGCAGCGAAGCCGCGGAACCGUGGGUGAAUUCAAACAGAUCGGUCUUCACCCGGGCGUUGUUGUAAGCUUGAGUCUGCUUCAGGUUGUUGUCGGAGCUUUGCAUGCGAUUGCUUUGUCAGGCCAGACUGGCGACGAAGCAGUCAAGCAUAGCAGAAUGCACCCUUUAGACGUCCUCAAGGAUCUAAUGCUGCGAAGUCAUAGAGGCUGGAGUCCUGCGUAUCCUCGAGGCAUCCUUAGCAAGAGCGAUUUGCGCCAUUUGGGGCCCCUGAAUCAAAUUACCACAGAACAGCAUCGCGGUUGUUGUAGAGUUUUACCGCUCAAGAGGGUGUCCGAGAAGGCACUAUUCUCAGAGCCCUGGUACGGCUGCAAGUCUACAAAGCAAGCAUAAGCUCGGAUUUGGCGGAAAUUAUUUACUCCCUGUCAUCAGCCUUACGCCAUCUACUCCGGGAAAAGAGAGCGAGGAUGAGGAUGAGAAGAUGGUAGGAGCGGAGUGGGAUCAAGGAUGAGGAAAGGGAAGGCGAAUGCAAGCGACGAUGUGAGCGUGAAUGUGGCAAACACAAACGCAAUCAUGGAGGUG